CGCAAAAAGAAUCCCCAACCUUCCAGUCUCCCUCAGCACAGCUUACUUACAAUCGGGAUUAGCAGAGCGCAGUGGAUAAAUGAGCAUCUUCUGCGUCCUGGGGCGAUGAGCUACCCACCACCCCACAACGGCCAAUAUCCUUCGCAAUACAUGCAACACCCCCCCAAUCUCCCGCUCCACCACCAGCAGACCAUCCACCCGCAGCAGCUCCUUUACGAUAACAAUGUCAACACGACUGCAUCGCCAUAUCAAUAUGGCAAACAGAUUGUCUACCCUCAGGUCAUGAUCCCGACCUAUCCUACCUACACCCAACCCUACGUUCCGCAGCAACCACAGCAGCAACAACAACAACAACCACAGCAACAGUCACAGCAGCAGCAACCUCCCCAACAGCAGCAGCAACCACAAUAUGUGAAUCCCUCCGAGCUGUUCCAACCGCCCCCUCUUCCGGCUACCUCACCUCCUCGAUUCUCACACACUUCGUCCCAGUACAACGCGACACCUGCAGUCACUGCCACUGACAGCAUACAUUCCCCUAUACUUUCCACAUCGACCCCUGCUCAGCCUGCCUACUAUGCCGAUCCAAGCCCUGACCCAGGGAAUCAGGCCUCCUACAACAAGAAUGCCCAAGCUACGUCGAAUCCACCAGCGGUCUCAGCACCAUCCGUGUCAGCACCACCCGUGUCAGCACCACCUGUUCCAGCAUCACCUGUGAUCGCCGCGCCCGUUGCUGCUACCCCCAUCGCUGCUAAAGUGGCUGCGACUAAGUCCGUGUCUGCAAUCCCAUCGGCUCCAUCCCCAAAGCCCAUCCAGGUGCUCAUUCCCGCACCUUCACCAGAUGUGCAGCAGAAGCUGCAGCGACAGUCCUCCAAAAAUCCCACCCCCAAACAAACACAGCAGCAGCCGAUGAAAUCCUCCACACAGAAAUCGGCCAAGACCCCCGACUACCAGCUGUUGCUGUUGGCUAUGGCGGAUGAGUAUCUCGACGCGGCGCACAGCCAUGGGACCAUGGUGGCCUUGCUAAGACGGGAGAUGGACAUGGAAGAGUACUAUAAACUGGUGGCAACAGGUCUCGGAUGCUUAGAGGCGGUACUAAAGAACUGGAGACUUCAACCUCGAGUUGAGGCUCUUGUGCGGUUGCGCUAUGCGCGGAUUCUGUUCGAGGAAACAGACAAUGAUCUCGAGGCUGAGACAGCUUUGAGCAAAGGCAUUGAUUUGUGUGAGCGCAACCGCAUGCUAGAUCUGAAGUAUAGUAUGCAGCAUCUCUUGGCUCGGAUGCUACACAAGACGAACCCGAAGGCCUCGAUGAAAGCCGUCGAUGGCAUGAUACAAGAUGUGGAAGCUUAUCGCCAUUCGGCCUGGGAAUAUGCCUUUCGCUUCCUUCGCGCAUCGCUCUCACUCUCUUCUCACGCCCAUCAAGAUUCUGUCUCAGCACUACAACACCUCCAUAAAAUAGCCAGCAUGGCCCAUCGCAAUGGUGACAAGGCCGUUUCAGCUAUGUCUGCUAUAAUAGAAGCCCUCGCACAUUUGCAGCAAGGCACCGGGUCCGACGCGAUCGAGCAGGCUCAACGCGCAGUAGCGGCAGCACGAAGCCAUCAGUUGAACGAUGAUCUUCGUCACAUUCCGCAGCUGACGACGCUGGUCCAAAUUGUCGACAUAUGCUGUAGUCUUUUGGACUACGACGUCAACCAAUCGUCUCAGAAGCUGAAAGUCAUGCAAGACAUGAUGGAUGAGCGAUUAAAUGACUCAAACUGGCGCGAUGACGGGUCCUUUUCCAUCCCUCUGAGUGGCAAGUCGGCUGGUCCUUCUUCCAUUGACACCGGGGAUAUUCUCCAGGUACAGAGCGGCACCCUAUUGUUGAGCUUCAAUUGGCUCCCGCAACACGACCUGUAUGCACUUUGCUAUUUCCUCAGCUCCAUCACUCUCAGCUGCAAAAACUCCUAUGACGGACGCAAAGCGGAGAAGUUCCUCCAAGAGGGCAUACGCAUGGUAAAAGGAAGUUUCAAAGCGCCACAAGAAAUUACUGAGUCUGUGGUAAAUGCAAACAGACGCGUCGAAUGGCGCCGAACCCUCUACUGCAGUCUCCUCGUUCAACAAGUCUUUCUCGCCUGCGGUCGCACCGACUGGGAUCUGGCCACGAAAACGUUACACAAAUUGCGACAAGAAGCCCUAGGUCUCGGUGGCCAGCUUCCAGAGACCAUCAAAUGCAUGAUGGACUACGCGAGCGGCGCCAUCGCCCAAGCGACAGGCGAUCUGGAUGCAGCCCUCCAGGCGUUCCAGUCCACAACCCUCUCUCUGCACUCCUCGCCCGCCACCACCAGCAAAGGCGCGCGCAACGACCCCCGCCGGGACCUUGCGAUACUAUCCGCGCUAAACACCGUCCUCAUUCUCAGCGAACCAUCUCACCCGUCCCAUCACCAACUCCCCGCCAUCCUAGCCACCGUCGAACCUUUUUGUACAUCUAGCCCCAGUAAAUACAUCCAAGCCGCCUAUUACCUCGUCUGCGCUACCGUGCAGACCGAAUCAACCAUCCAAACCAAACAACACCUUCAACAAGCCCUACAAUCGGCCACAGCCAUCAGCAACAGCCAGAUUACCUGCAUGACCCUCACUUUCAUGAGCUGGAAAUACUUCCGCGGCGUCGUCGGCGAGCAGGCCGAGAAGAGCGCCCGGGCCGGUCGCGCCAUGGCCCGAAAGGCCAACGACCGCCUUUGGGUCAGCGUCACCGACGAAAUGCUCGCGGAGACGCUGGAGCGGCAAGGCAAGAACGAAGAAGCCUUGGGAGUGAGAGAGGAAGGCCAUCGGGUGAUGAACGGCUUACCGGCGGCCCUAAGGAGGGCUGUCUAAUGGAGGUUAGAUCUGGUUAUUUGUCAGAGAGACAGAGAGAGAGUGUGUGUUUGUGUGUGCGUGUGAUGUCUCAUUGUAUUGUCUUGAUAUAGAGCGUCUUAUGUCCUUUCUCCUUUUCCAGGGGUUGGCUUGGGUUGGGGUUUUCUGACUGGGUGGGCUAUCGUGCUACUCCAUCUUCAACGAUGGCCCAUAUUUGGCGUGUAUGCUCUCAUAGUAUCAUUGUUUGCGACAAGAUAGAGCCCGUAGCCCCCCAAAAUUGGGCUCGCUUUCAUCAACUGGUACCAUUCUGGUUCUCUGUGUGCGCGGGUGUUGAGAUGUCAUCUUCUUCUGUUUGCG